UUAACGCACAUGCUUCUGUUAAAGCCCCGCGCGCUUCUCCCCGGUCCAGUCACUCCUUCUGCGCUGCUGGCGACAUGGAGCCUCUGGACAUCUUCUACCACCCUGUGUGGGUCCUCUCCACGGUGCUGCUGGCCGUCGUGGUGCGCGUGCAGCGGAGGGGCAGCUGGGAUCCACGAGCCUGCCCGGUGCAGCUGCGGGGGAAGACUGCCAUCGUGACCGGGGCCAACACAGGGAUUGGAAAGAUGAUCGCAAUGGACCUUGCACGUCGUGGGGCUCGUGUUAUCCUGGCCUGCAGGAGUGAAUCCCGGGGGACCAAAGCGCUGAAUGAGAUCAGGAAGAAGACGGGAAACAACGACGUCCAUCUACGCCUCGUGGACCUUUGCUUGCUCAGCUCUGUCAGAGAAUUUGCCGAGAGGAUUCUAAAGGAGGAGAAAGCUCUGCAUAUACUCGUCAACAAUGCCGGCGUAUCAGGCUUACCGAGGCAGAUCACCAAAGAGGGCUUUGAGGCUUCUUUUGCAACCAACCAUCUGGGACCAUUUCUCCUCACCAACCUGCUGCUGGACCUGAUGAAGAGUUCAGCUCCGGCUCGUAUUGUCACUCUCAGCUCAGCAAACCAUAAGCUGGGCAAAGUGGACUUCGCCCACUUUCGCGGAGAGAACCUCGUCCACCACAUGGAUUGGGUCUACAAUCACACAAAGCUGCACAAUCUCAUCUGCACCAAUGAGCUGGCACGCAGGAUCCAGAGCACAGGCGUCACUGCAAACUCUGUCCACCCUGGUUUUGUCAUGACAGAAGUAAUCAGACACUAUCCUCUUUGGGUCAGAUGUAUUUUCAACCUUGUUGGGUUUUUCUUUUUCAAGUCUCCAGAAGAGGGUGCAGUCAGCUCCAUCUACUGUGCCGUGUCAGAGGAGCUGGAAGGCGUAACUGGAAAGUAUUUUGACAGCGACUGUUCCCUCGUCCUCCCCGCCCCUUUAGCUCGAGAUGCCGCCCUCGCGGUCAAAGAUUUUGAGGUCUGUGAAAGACUGACAUCAAAGCUUUAAAACAACUAUCAGUUCUGGCUGAUAACAGGAAACAGGUUCAAAUUCCACUUUCUGACCGAGCUCAGGCAGGUACAAUGUGUAAAAAUGUGUGUGAACUCUUCAAGGAACGUGAUGAAAGAAUACACUUUUACGAGAAGUGUGGAAAGUCAGGACCUGAUAAGAAGCUUUAUUUAUAUUAUGCAUGUGUUUGGAGGAGCAGCGCAUUACUGAUUUGCUGCCCUAAUAAAGAAUUAAAUAUUCUACAGAUAUUAAUAUUUUUGUCUGACUGGCAUUUUACAUUUUUCAAUUAACAAAAUAAAUUCAUUUUAUCCCUGCUAAAAUGUUAUUGUUGAUUUGGAUGGAACUAUUUUCAUUUUUCUAAACAUUUAGUGUGAAUGAGGGAAAGAAAGGAGUUUUCCAAAGAGAGACGCGGACACAGUGUGAUCGACCAGCUCACAGAAUUUCAGAGAAAUGACAGCAGACGUCCUCAAAGGUGAGGCUAUCACUAUCCUUUAUUGAAAGGUUCCUUUAAAAACACAACAGAACAUUUGAGCAUUGAAGACUUUAUACAGCUUUCCUCUCCUGGUGCCUUUGACCUGGUUAUUUUGCUGUGGAGACAGACAGCGACCAAAACUUGUGGUUAACAAAGACGCCUUCAAUCAAAGCACUAUCACUUUGAAUUAUUAUCUAACAUUACUGGAUAAAGAGUGCUGGAUCUGUCGCCGUGUCUUCACACAGUCAGAUACCUUUCUGACGAUCCUCCACUAUUCCUUGGAAGAUCACGGGAGCGACCUGAUCCAGCUGUUUGGGCGUCAGACGAAGCGCGAGCUCCACAGUUUUGUCCUGCACAGAAGUUUACAAGCAUUGACGUCCCGUAAUGACUGAAUGACAGGAAGAGGAGCGCUGAUUGAAAGGAAAGAACAUGCUGUGCGAACUGAGCUGGAACUGACCGGACUUCCAGCAUGCUCCGCUUCAGGAAGGUGCUGCGCAGGGACCUCUUCUAAGUGACUGCCCUCCGAUCGAGGUUCCAUAUCCUUUCGGCCUUCUCGCUCCUGCAGAAAACAUCAAAGAGGAAGAGUAAAGCAUGACUGAGACCGCGCAAGAAUAGUGAAAAAGUGAUGUGAUGAAAUAAAAUGAGAUCAACACACAUGGAUUCAUGUAUAUAACAUACAAAUAUAUAGGUAAAAACACCUUUAGUAGAAAAAAUUUGAAUGCUGAAGAAAUAAAAUAAAGUGUUUAAUGUCAGGAAAAGAAAUUGAACUCACUAUAAAUGAUUCAUACAGAAGUGAUAUGUUUGUGAAUAUUUUGGGUUAUUCUUUAACAGAGACAGAUUUUAAGCUUCAUUUGCUCAAUGAAAUGACGUAAUUAAAGUUUUAUUGAUUUGUUUGCACUCUGACUCUAUGAAACAGAGAUUACAGAUUAUGAAAUCUGUUUUGAUAUUUACUGCUCCAAUUUUAAACAGUGUACAAUUGAUAAACCUAUGUAUAUAUAAUGUAUUUGGUUAUUUGUGAUUUUUUUUUUUUUUUGGCAGGGGAUUAAAUCACCAUGUGUUUAGAAUCA